GCACACGCGCAGAAGCCUCGCCGCGAGUGAGAGGGCAAGGAGAGCACGGCGCGGUUCCGCCGAUUCGAAUCUCUCAGGGCCCGUGCAGUCUCCGGCGGCCGACCCGAAGGAUCCUCCUCUCGCCCAAUCGCCCGGUUGCGGGUGUCGAUCUAGUGGCAGUUUUUGGUCUGCGGCGGGGGCCGACAUGGAGGACCUUCUGGACACGGAGAUCGGGAAGAACGACUACGACUGGCUUCUGACACCCCCUGGAACCCCCCGUGUUCCUGCAUUAGAUGCUGCUCAGAAAGACCCAUCCUCAACUGUGACUAAACGCACUGUUACCAGAUCAUCCUCGACAACUAGAGCUUCAAAGCUUUCCUCUUCUGAACCAGAGAAUGGGCAUUCAGCAUUUUCCACUAGACCAGCACGAAGUAAUUCUGUCUCCCGCCCGGCAGUUCAAUCUACUCUUAUGUCUAGCAACAACAGGUCAUCAAUCUUCACUGCAAACAUUUCCUCUGUCAGUUCAAGACCUACAACCCCGAGCAAGCGGACUGCCACUAUUACUGCAUCAAAGCCAUCUGUUCCAUCUUCACGUCCAGUGCCAACACGGUCCUCUACACCUGUCAAGGCCCGUCCGUCUACACCAACUAAAACUCGUCCAUCUACUCCAGUGAAAAAUCAUCCUUCUGUGUCUAGCUCUAUGGCCAACUCUACUGCUUCCAAGACCACAUCAGCGCAAAGCUCAAGAUCAUCAACUCCAACUUCUCGGUCUCGAAUCUUGUCUACUUCAUCUUCAAACACAACUAGUGCAGUGAGUCGUCCCAGCUCAUCGUCUGGUAAAAUUCCUGCAAUAACUCGUACCAGUUCUUCAUCAAGUACAGUUCCUUCAGUGAGCCGUUCUAGCUCUCGGUCAUCCACACCCACUCGUCAGCCUACCAUGCGUUCGUCAACACCAUCUGUUGGUCGCUCACCUUCUGUUGGGCGGAUUUCUGGCAGCAAUAACUUGACUUCUAAUGGCAGAGCCUUAGCUAGUAGUGGUCGGAGUUCAGCACCUUCGUCAGCACCAUCAUCCCGUCCAAGUUCCCCAAAUACACGGCUGCGAGCUCCAGUUCGCCCACUAGAUAUUCCAGAUUUCCCAAGUGAAACUCCACCAAACUUAAGGACUAAACUGCCAGAAAGACCACUCUCUGCUGGUAGAGUACGACCAGGUAUGUCUUUGGGGGUCAGGUCAACCCCGAAUGCUGAACCAGUUCCCACAGCUCCUGUAAAAAAGAUGUCUGUGCCUGCUAUCACUCGAAGUAAGUUCUCUGAUAUACAAUCAAAGACAUCUCCUACCAAUGGACACCAAAGUAGGCAGAGUGAAAGAUCUUCUUUGGAAGGUCAAACGACUAGAACCUCGCGGUCUGUCACAGCAGCUGGCAAUGGAUUCGGUAGGACAAUAUCGAGGAAGUCACUUGACAUGGCUAUCAAGCACAUGGACAUUCGACACAACUUGGGUGGCAUCCGUGGUGCAUCUCUUUUUCCUCAUAGCAUUCGCUCUACUACUACCAAGGGCCGACCAGCUCGAGCAUCAGACCCAGGCCAUUCCAUCACAAAUGGUGACCGAUAUAUCACUGAUAAUGGAAGCAGCAAUGGACACUUCUCUGGAGAUUCUAGCGGUGCUCUUUCACACAAUGGCGGGAGCUCAAUUGGUUCCCCUGAUAGGGAAAGCACUGCAACAAAAGAGGUUUUGAGUGAACUGGAUAUAUACGCCAAUUCACGAUAUGAGGCGAUGUUGCUGAAGGAGGACACCAAGAACACGAGUUGGUUGCACAGCGUGGACGACAAGUCUGACCAGAGCCCAGUGUUUGAUCACAGGUUUGAACCGCUUCCUGAGCCAUUCGGCCCGCUAUGAACUGUUUACAACCCGUAAAGAUACUUCAUUGUUCUGUUCUUCCCUAGCUAUUGCAAACCGUAUGCCGCUAUCUGUUUCUGUUUUGUCUCCUACUUCCCCCAUCUUUUCAUAGAUCUGCUAGAACAGAUAAAGAUUGUGGGGUUUGUACCUUGUACUCCUUUGAUAGCUUGAAUCUCCAUUUUGAGCGAUUUUUGUGCUGGAAAUCCAAUGUAUGGGACACAAUAUAUACUCAAUUUACAACCUUGACAUCUUUAUGAUGUGUAAGUUUCAACUGUUCACGGUA